AUGCCGCGCUUCAAUCAUGCGCCUCGAGCGCUGCUCUCGCUGCUCACUGCCAUCCUACUCACACCACACAUCGCUGCGAAACCCCAGCCCCAUCCCUCCGAACAGGCUGGCUUCAGUUUCAACGAGCUUUUUGCGCGAUAUGACUGCGCCGGCACACCAUGUGGAUCCGAGAGCCAAUACUGCUGCGGGACUGGACAAGCAUGCUACACCGAUGCCGCCAACAUAGCACAGUGCACACCCAGUGCAGAAGGUGCUGCAAUCACAAGCGGUGGCGGCUACUGGCAAUACUACACCUCAACCUUCGUCGAGACGGAUCUUGUGACUCGAACGACGACAAUGAGUACCUACUUUGGCGGCGUCGCACCAGCAUCAGCGACGGGGGCAUCUGGACCAGUUUGCAAUUUCGCCUUGAACGAGCAGCCCUGCGGCAACAUAUGUUGCGCUAGCGGUCAGUACUGCGCCAACACAGGAGAAGCCAUAGGCCAGUGUGCAGCAGCGGCGGGUGGUGGGAGUUCCGGCUACUACAGUUCCUACACUGCAACCGCAACGAACGGUGCAACAGCAGGCGCGCCGAUCCGUCCAACCACCUCUGCCGGCAAGACCGUUACCACAACGUCCGGCCCAACAACAACCGUUCCUUUCAUCGCACCCGUUGCAACUGGCGCCAACAUCACUCUGACGGAAGACCAAAAGGGAGGGAACGGUCUUUCGGGCGGAGCCAUUGCAGGAAUCGUCAUUGGCGUGCUUGCGGGUCUGUUCCUCCUCUUUCUCCUCAUUGCAUGCUGCUGCUUCAAGGCACUCCUCGACACCUUCCUGGCGUGCUUCGGCUGCAGAAAGAAGAGGAGAAGCCGGGUGGAGGUUGAGGAGUAUGAGCGCCACUCACACCAUUCUCGUCAUGGCGGUAGUGGAGGYCGGACAUGGUACGGCGCUGCUGCGAAACCUCCGACGCGAAUCGACCGCAGAGAUAGCCACAAGAAAGGAAAGGAAUUGCUUGGUGCUGGCGCUGGCCUCGCUGCGUUGUGGGCCGUCCUAGGGCUGAAGCGAAAGCAUGACGGAAGGAAGAACGAUGAAAAGUACAGCGAGUACUCGUACUCGAGCGACUAUUACACCAGUGCUAGUUCCGCCAGCUCAGAUGACCGAAGAACGAGGGACAGUCGGCACACACGGCGUUGA